AUGUCCAAGUCCCAUGCCGACAGACGCUCAAGGAUCCUUCUUACGGAUUCGCCCGCAGAAAUCUCCAAGAAGAUCAAUGCUGCGCUCACAGACUCGGAAUUGACCAUAACAUAUGACCCAGUGCAUCGACCUGGAGUGGCGAAUUUAAUUGAGAUCUUGAGUCACUUCGACGGACGAACUUGCGAUGAGAUAGCCAUGGAAUACCGUUCAGCCAGUCUUCGCGCUUUGAAGGAACAUCUGGCCAGAACGUUGUCCAAUCAUCUUGAAGGAAUUAGAGAGAAGUAUCUCUCACUUGUAGGAGAUCAGACUGACUACCUUGAUUCUAUAGCAGAACAGGGUUCUGAAGCCGCGCGGGCCAACGCUGAAUUGACAAUGGAGCAAGUCAAAGUCGCCAUGGGAAAUGCGAUAUAUGCUUUAGAGAACAUCCUGGCCUAG